AUGGCGCCACACAAGGGACUGUUGUCUCCGCUGCUUUACUUUGUCACACACUUCUGCCUCGGUUCGGCGCAAGUGCUCAGAAUCGGGGGCAUCUUUGAGACGCUGGAGAAUGACCCCAUCGGAGUGGAGGAGCUGGCCUUUAAAUUCGCCGUCACCAAUAUUAACCGUAACCGGACGCUCAUGCCAAACACCACGCUGACCUACGACAUUCAGAGGAUCAACCUGUUUGAUAGUUUUGAGGCUUCCAGGAGAGCCUGUGACCAGUUGGCGUUGGGCGUGGGCGCUGUGUUCGGCCCGUCUCACAGCUCCUCGGUCAGUGCGGUCCAGUCCAUCUGCAACGCUCUGGAAGUGCCUCACAUCCAGACGCGCUGGAAGCACCCAUCUGUGGACAACAAGGACAGUUACGUCAACCUGUUCCCCGAGUAUGCGUCCAUCAGCCGCGCCGUGCUCGAUAUUGUGCAGUACUACAAGUGGAAGACCGUCACUGUGGUCUAUGAGGACGCUACGGGACUAAUUCGGUUGCAAGAGUUGAUCAAAGCUCCAUCGAGGUACAGCAUCAAGAUCAAAAUCCGACAGCUGCCCACAGGAAGUAAAGACGCCCGGCCGCUGCUCAAAGAGAUGAAGAAGGGCAAAGAGUUCUACGUCAUCUUCGACUGCUCCUACCAGACCUCCGCCGAUGUGCUCAAACAGAUCCUGUCCAUGGGCAUGAUGACGGAGUAUUACCACUUCUUCUUCACCACGCUGGACUUGUUUGCCUUGGACCUGGAGCCGUACCGAUACAGUGGGGUGAACAUGACGGGCUUCAGGCUUCUCAACAUCGAUGACCCGCAGGUGGCGUCUGUGGUGGAGCGCUGGGCCAUGGAGAGGAUGCAGGCGCCGUCCAAACUGGAGAUGGGCAUGAUGGAGGGCAUGAUGACGACUGAAGCCGCCCUGAUGUACGACGCCGUGUACAUGGUGGCCACAGCCUCUCAGCGCGCCUCCCAGAUCACCGUCAGCUCGCUCCAGUGCCACCGACACAAACCCUGGCGCUUCGGAGGACGCUUCAUGAACAUGCUCAAAGACACGCAGUGGAGCGGUCUGACAGGACAGGUCAUCAUCAACAAAACAGACGGACUCAGGAAGGAGUUUGACCUGGACGUGAUCAGCCUGAAGGAGGACGGCCUGGGCAAGCCGAACCCAGGCACCAACCGUCUGAACAAAGUGUGGAAGAAGAUUGGAGUUUGGAAUUCCAACACUGGCCUUAAUUUGACAGAAAACAACAAGGACGCUUCUACCAACGUGACGGACUCUAUGGCCAACCGGACACUCAUCGUCACCACUAUUCUGGAAAACCCUUAUGUGAUGUAUAAGAAGUCGGACAAGCCUCUGUAUGGGAACGACCGGUUUGAAGGCUACUGCUUGGACCUGCUCAAAGAACUGUCCAACAUCCUGGGCUUCUCUUACGAGGUCAAACUAGUGUCUGACGGGAAAUACGGAGCUCAGAACGACAAAGGGGAGUGGAACGGCAUGGUGCGAGAACUCAUCGAUCAUGUGGCAGAUCUGGCAGUGGCGCCCCUCACCAUCACCUAUGUGCGGGAGAAAGUGAUAGAUUUCUCCAAACCCUUCAUGACUCUUGGUAUCAGUAUCCUGUACCACAAACCCAACGGCACCAACCCGGGCGUCUUCUCCUUCCUCAACCCGCUCUCUCCUGACAUAUGGAUGUACGUGCUUCUGGCCUGUCUGGGGGUCAGCUGUGUGCUCUUCGUCAUCGCCAGGUUCACCCCAUACGAGUGGUACAAUCCUCACCCGUGUAACCCAGACUCCGACGUGGUGGAGAACAACUUCACCCUCAUCAACAGUGUGUGGUUCGGGGUGGGAGCUCUGAUGCAGCAAGGGUCGGAGCUGAUGCCCAAAGCGCUUUCCACCAGGAUCGUGGGGGGGAUCUGGUGGUUCUUCACGCUCAUCAUCAUCUCCUCCUACACUGCUAACCUGGCUGCUUUCCUCACAGUGGAGAGGAUGGACUCACCCAUAGACUCUGCAGACGAUCUGGCCAAACAAACUAAGAUUGAGUACGGUGCUGUGCGAGACGGAUCCACCAUGACAUUCUUCAAGAAAUCUAAGAUCUCCACGUACGAGAAGAUGUGGGCGUUCAUGAGCAGCAGGAAGAACACAGCUCUGGUGAAGAACAACCGGGAGGGCAUCCAGCGCGUCCUGACCACAGACUACGCCCUGCUCAUGGAGUCCACCAGCAUCGAGUACAUCAGCCAGAGGAACUGCAACCUCACCCAGAUCGGAGGGCUCAUAGACUCCAAGGGCUACGGCGUCGGGACUCCCAUUGGCUCGCCGUACAGAGACAAGGUGACCAUUGCCAUCUUGCAGCUGCAGGAGGAGGGCAAACUGCACAUGAUGAAGGAGAAGUGGUGGAGAGGGAACGGCUGCCCAGAGGAGGACAGCAAAGAGGCCAGCGCUUUGGGCGUGGAGAACAUCGGGGGCAUCUUCAUCGUGCUGGCCGCCGGUCUCGUGCUCUCCGUGUUUGUGGCCAUUGGAGAAUUCAUCUACAAGUCCAGGAAGAACAUCGACAUCGAGGAGUGUUUGAGUAGUUCUCAAGUACUCUUUUUAGGCCGAUUCUUAAAAACUGGAACAGCUGGCCAGUAAUUGUGAAUAUGUUUGUCCCCUAAUGUAAUGCCGAACGGAAAUACGGAUAUACGGACAUACGGAUGUACGGAUAUAUACGAAUAUACGGACCGAGAAGGCAACACUGGAGCCCCCACUUGAAGAAGUUUGAAUGUGGCUUCUGCACUGUUACAAUCAAUAAGGAUUUCCUACAGUUUAGUGUUCCAAGUAGUUUUGAAGUACUCUUUUUAGGCCGAUUUUUUAAAACUGGAAAAGCCAAUA